AUGACGAACUCGCCGUCGAGCACGUCCCUGGAGAGCUCCGUCACCGCGACUGAGGCCGAUGUCCAGUCGCAGAGCUCCGGCAUGACGCGCGUGAGCCACUUCAAGAUCGUCUUCGACCGAGCCGGCGUCACGAGGGAGGCCCUGCAGUGGAGAUACCCUGGAGACGGCACCGAGGAGAGCCCCUACGCCGUCGACUUCACGCCAUGCGACCCUUAUAAUCCCCAGGAAUGGACCAAGACCAAGAAGUGGUGUAUGACCAUCCUGACCGCUAUCUCCACCCUCGCUGUCGCCUUCGUGAGCAGUGCCUUUUCCGGGGGUUUGGCGUACAUCAUCGCCGAGUUCAAGGUGUCCCAGGAGCUCUCCAUCCUCGGCCUUUCCCUCUUCGUCGUCGGGUUCGCGGUAGGACCACUCCUGUGGGCGCCAGCGAGUGAGUUCUAUGGCCGGCAGAUACUGUUCACGAUUACAUAUGCGGCCCUCACGGCCUUCAACGCCGGCGCCGCUGGUGUCAAGUCCUUCGCCGGCCUUGUCGUCCUCCGUUUCUUCGCAGGUGCCUUCGGAUCGUCGCCACUCACCAACUCAGGCGGUGUCAUUGCGGAUAUGUUCUCGCAGUCGGAAAGAGGAUUUGCUACCGCAGUGUUCGCUGCCGCACCGUUUCUCGGACCAUCACUAGGCCCCAUCGUCAGUGGCUUCCUCGGUGAGGCUGAAGGCUGGAGGUGGAUUGAAGGGCUCAUGGCUAUCUUCACGGGCAUCCUGUGGAUUGUCAACUCUCUCCUCGUUCCUGAAACCUACGCUCCCGUCCUCCUGAGGGUCCGUGCCGCCAAGCUCUCCAAGCUCACCGGCAAGGUCUACGUCUCAAAGCUGGACAUCCACAAGAAGCACCACACUAUGGCGCAGCAGUUCAAGAUUGCCCUGUCCCGGCCAUGGAUGCUUCUGUUCAGGGAGCCCAUCGUCUUCCUGACCUCCGUCUACAUGGCCAUUGUCUACGGAACUCUGUACAUGAUGUUCCCUGCGUUCCCGAUCGUGUUCCAGCUGUCCAAGGGCUGGGGCCCCGGUGAGGCUGGUCUGGCAUUCCUGGGUAUUACUGUGGGCAUGGUGUUCGCGGUAGCGUAUGCGAUGUUCGACAACAAGAGAUACGCACGCGUUGCCGAGGAGCACGAUGGCAUGGCUCCUCCCGAGGCUCGACUGCCCAUGGCGAUUGUUGGCUCAGCCUUCAUUCCUAUCGGUCUCUUCUGGUUCGCAUGGACCAACGGCAAUAACAUCCACUGGAUUGUCCCUAUCAUCGGCAGCGCCUUCUUCGCAACGGGCAUCGUCUUGGUGUUCUUGUCACUGAUGAACUAUCUCAUCGACUCAUACGUCGUCUUCGCCGCUUCAGUCCUGGCAGCAAAUUCAGUCCUACGGUCCCUCUUCGGCGCCGCGUUCCCACUUUUCACCGAACAGAUGUACACGAACCUGGGCCUCCACUGGGCCGCCUCGAUUCCCGCCUUCCUCUCGGUGGCUUGCAUACCUUUCCCCAUCGUCUUCUACAUCUACGGCCCCAAGAUCCGGGCCAAGUGCAAGUUCGCCGCCGAGGCCGCGAGGGUUCUCGAGGAGAUGCGCGGCCGUGCCGGCACCACUGCCGAGGACCCCGAGGCCGCGGAGGAUGAGGCCAUGGAGGAGGUCGAGCGUGGCGACAGAAUGGAGAAGCUCGUCAAGAAGAUGAGCCGCGCCUCGGGCAAGAGCCGCACACGCGGCCUUAGUCGUGUUGAGAGCAGCGCGGCCGGCCCGGCGACGGAGCCUCUUCCCAAGGAGGUCGACAACGAAAAGGUCGAGGUUUGA